AUGGAAAAAUGCAAGUUUGGUGCCUGCACGAAAUGUGUUCGUAAGGAGGUGAACGUGGAGUUGGAAUCUGAGGCGGGAGCGUGCGAGGCCGGGUCCGGGUCCGGGGGCGGAGGCGCGGGACCGGGGGCGGAGGCGUGGCGGCGGCAGUGUGGCUGCGUGCGCACCAGCGACAAGCUGCGCCGCAUCAUCGAGCAGUUCCCCUGCGCGCCGCCGCCCUCCCCCGCUGACAAGGGCACCUCGCAAUUUCAUAAUACUGGGACUUGCAUCUCCGCGUUCUGUUCCGUGCACCAAAACCGUGCGAUCCCCAGUUGUGAGCAGCGAGCCGACGAUUCAGUCGAAUGCGCUACCAUGGUCAAGGAUAAAGAAAUAGAGCCAGAAAGCUCGCGACCGUUCGGUGUGGUGACUGACAUAGUGCAGUUGCUGCAGCUGUCGGUGACUGCGACUGCGCUCGCCCUUUACUACCUCAUCUACUGUUACAUGCAGCUCGUAUAUUAUACUCUGCGAUCUGCGCUUUACUUUCAUAAUGCUGAUGGGCCGAUGAAGAUAACGAUCGGCGUGGUGACGCUGACGUCACUCAUCGUCGGCUUCAACCUGCUCGUGCGGCUCGAGCGGCUCUUCUUCAUCUUCAAUUGAUACGCGAAUUGUAAAAGAUAAAUUAU